ACAACUAUAAAUAUGAUUCCAGUAUAACCAACCCAACGUUCAUUGAUGUAAAAUUCCUCUCUAGAAAAAAGCAAUUUAGCUUUGACACAUCAAAACACAUAUCACCACCUCUAUAUAUAGAGAGAGAAAAGGAGAAGGAGAAAGAGAAAGAGGUUUUGGUGAUGGAUGGCUCUUCCUCUAUGAAUAACUCAUCAAUGAAUAGAGGUGUUGUUUCUAAUAUUAUUAAUAAUAAUAAUUCUACUGAAGAAGAGAGUGGAUGGACAGCUUAUUUUGAAGAUUUCUCUAACCAUAGAGAAGAAGAAGGAGAAGAAGAUAGUUUCUGUAAUUCUGGUUUUUUUGGUAGUUCUUCUAUGGUUUCUGAUGCUGCUUCUUUUCCUGCAUGGAAAUCAUCAUCACCAUCAAAUAAUCAACAUCAUCAUCAUAAUUACAACAACCAUGUUGUUUUUGCUUCUUGCUCUUCUAUUGAACCAUCUCCAAAACUACCCAACAAGUUAAAUUUCAAGAAAACCAGCAGAGCUAAAGGAAUUUCUCUUCAUGAUGAUUCCUUAGAGGAUACUGCUAGUUCUCCUGUUAAUAGUCCAAAGGUUAGUUAUUUUGGACCAACAUCUGAUCACAUCAAUCCCAGGAAGCCAAAUGACCAUUUUAAUAGCUCUCUGGGUAAAGGAGGGAUCUUAGAGCAUUAUGAACAAGAACUGGAAACAGAAAAUGAAAGAUGUGAAAUGAAUUGCAGUAGCAGUAGUAAUAAUAAUCACCGCACAGACUUGAAGAAGAGAGGGCUGUGUUUAGUUCCUUUGUCCAUGUUAGUUAAUUACCUUGGUUAAUUAAGUAAUUAAUCUCUCUCUUUCUCUCUCUUUCUUUCUUUCUGAUUUCUGUUACAUAUAUGCUUUCUUGAAGCAAAAACUUAGAAGAACGUAUUUAUAAGAGCAAAUAUAAAUAUAUAAGAUGUGUACUAUUACUACAGUACCAAUCUCAAUCUCUUCAUAUGUUCAGAUCUUCAAUAUGUUGUUGUACAUAUUUCCAUAGGAAGAGAAUAAGACAAUGUUUGGCAAAUCAUGUGAAUAUCAUUUUCCAUUGGCUUUGGCUGGUAACUUAAUAAAAUAAUGCAAGGAGAAGAAGAAGAAGAAGAAGAAGAAGAAGAAACACAGUAAAUAUGUAAAGAAAAAAAAGGUUUAUAAAAUUGCUUGUUGAGUGAGUAUAUAUGUUUGGAAUAAAAUCUAAUUGACAAAUGACCUUUUGAUACCA